AUGGAUUUGGUCUUUACCGGUGAUCAAUUGCAGGAUAAAAGUGUGGUACCGGAGGGUUUGGAUAGUCAGCUGGAUACGUUGGAUGCUUCGAUUAUUAGUUUGAAUACAAAAAUGGCUGUUAUCGAUUCGAUUUGCGAUAAAGAUGACGUGAGAAAAGAUUACGAGAAAAGUGCUCGACAAGCGUUGAAUUCGUCGUUGGACGUGAUGAUACAGCUGAUUGACAGCCUGCUAGACGCUCAGUAUCUAGGUAAUAUCAAUUAA